AUGGCUCGGCUAGCGGUGGCAUUGGCCCUGGCCGCCGGGGCGCAGGCCUUUAUGGCCCCGGUCACCACGCAGCCGGCCAAGACCGUUGUUUACGGCAAGGGCGGCGAAUUACGAGACCGUACAAACCAGUGUGGUAUCCUCGGCUCGUGCCGGCCGCUAUCACGCCCCCGCUGCACCGGACGAUGGCUCCAGCAGCAAGCGCUGCAGCCAAGCUCUCGGCUCCGCAAGCGGUAUGCAUAAAAACGGCCAAUAAGAGACAAACUCGCGCCGCGCCGAGACCUCCGCACACGCCCAAAAAAAAAAAUCUCACCCGCGCGCACCUCGCGCCGCGCCGAGACGCGUGGCCAGAAGUAAAACUGGCGCGCCGCGCCGAGACGCGCGCCGAGACGCCGAGACGCCCAAAAACUCACCCGCACUCACGUCACGCCACGAAACCGCUCACCCGCUUCAUUCACGCACAGGAAUCGCCACGGUCGGCAACACGCAGAAGAUCACCGAGGCCAUGCGCCUCGUCGCCGCGGCCAAGGUCCGCCGCGCGCAGGAGGCGGUGCUCCAGACGCGGCCGUUCUCGGAGACGCUCCAGUCCGUCUUCCUCGGCUUAAUUGAUCAGCUCGGCAAGGAGCCCAUCGACAUUCCCCUCCUCGAGACGCGCGAGGUGAAGAAGGUGACGCUCCUCGCCAUGUCGGGCGACCGCGGCCUCUGCGGCUCGUACAACACGUACAUCAUCAAGAAGACGGAGGCGCGCAAGCAGGAGCUCGAGGCGCAGGGCAUCGAGGUCGAGAUCGUGCCCGUCGGCACGAAGGUCGCGGGCUACUUCCGCCGGCGCGGCGUCGAGUUCCCGUCGGAGUACAACUGCCCCCAGGUGCCCACGGCCGAGUUCGCGGCGGCGGUGUCCUCGGAGAUGCUCAACAAGUUCCUCGACGGCGAGACGGACAAGGUCGAGCUCAUCUACACGCAGUUCGUGUCGCUCAUCGCGUCGGCGCCGAAGCUCAAGACGCUGCUGCCCCUGUCCAAGACGGGCCUCGAGGCCGCCGAGGACGAGAUGUUCGAGCUCACGACGGAGGACGGCGAGCUCGCCGUCGAGACGACGCCGCUCGACGCGCCCGAGGCGAAGGAGUUCCCCAAGGACACGAUCUUCGAGCAGGACCCGAUCGCCAUCCUCAACGGCAUCCUCCCGCUCUACCUCGACGGCCAGAUCCUGCGCUCGCUCCAGGAGGCCGUCGCGUCCGAGCUCGCGUCGCGCAUGCAGUCGAUGCAGUCGGCGUCGGACAACGCGAAGGACCUGAAGAAGUCGCUCUCGCAGACCUACAACCGCAUCCGCCAGGCGGGCGUGACGCAGGAGAUCCUCGAGAUCGUCGCGGGCGCGUCGGCGUCGGAGUAG